AUGUUGCAUAGAUGGCGCGGCGAACUUGUAAACUGCGUAUGCCGAACUGACGUUUUUGGUUAUUUUUGUUCUCGCCUCGUGUUUACUUUAGUGUCUAAUUUCGGUCCAAUUGCGAAAAUUCAGUUGUGCAACAACCAAAAGGUUAAUAUUUCGUUCAUAUAAGACAUAUCCGUACUUUAUAGUAUCGAUCCGCUCUUCCGGACUAGGUAUAUGUAUACAUUAUUAUCACGUGGUGGUGUGGUGGUUUAUAUAAUUCUUGUUUACCGCACAAGUAGAAACUUUGCGCAUGUGCGUCCCGUCAGUAACCUCAAAUUGUAAAGGCACGGGUUCGGCAGGUUCCGGAUAUCCGGGUCGCGACGCGGGCGGUUCUCGCGGCGGUAUUGUGAUGUGCCCUCGUGCAAGGCGUUCGCGCCCCGCGUGUGGACAGCGUUGGUGAUAUCGGUCCGCGCGUGCCUGCCAUGGCCCAGGCUCAGUUUACGCGAAGCUCGGAGAGCGACGCGUGGGCGCUGCUCUCGCUCAAGUCUGCGCCCCCGUCGCCCUCCAAGGUGCAGUGGGCCCAGGAGCCGGCCCCCAUCGCGAUCGCGAGGCUCGAUGGCCGCGACUUCGAGUACCUCAUCCGGCAAAAGCGUGUCGUGAUCGGUCGGAACUCUAGUAGAGGCCAAGUGGACGUUAAUAUGGGGCACUCGAGCUUCAUCUCGCGCAGACACCUCGAACUGUUCUACGACCACCCCGAGUUCUACCUGACGUGCAACAGCAAGAAUGGCGUGCUGGUGGACGGCGUGUUCCAGCGGAAGGGCUCCGCCGCCAUGCUGCUGCCCAAGAGAUGCACUCUUCGCUUCCCUUCCACGAAUAUUCGGCUGGAGUUCCAGUCGCUGGUGGAGGAGAGCGGUGGCGGGGCUGGAGGCAGCUCCGCACAGAUGCCGCCUCUCCGCAUCACCAUACCCACUGACAGCGACGGACGUAGCCCGGCGCCUUCUCCUACAGGCACAAUAAGCGCCGCAAACAGUUGUCCGACGUCUCCCCGAGGCGCCGGCUCCUCAGGUCGGAGACACGCCGACCUCGGCCUGGUGGCGCAUUAUGCUGCCCUCGCCGACCACGCGCGGCCCAACUCCAAUGGAACUGCUGCGCCAUCCACAAACUCAGACUCGGGCUACGGCAGCUCUCGCGACGUGCGCGAGGCGCGGGAGCCGCGGGAGCCGCGCGACGACGCCAAGCCGCCCUACAGCUACGCGCAGCUCAUCGUGCAGGCCGUGGCCUCCGCGCCCGACAAGCAGCUCACGUUGUCCGGCAUCUACAGCUACAUCACCAAGCACUACCCCUACUACCGCACCGCCGACAAGGGAUGGCAGAACUCUAUACGUCACAACUUAUCGCUCAAUAGAUACUUCAUCAAGGUGCCUCGCAGCCAGGAGGAGCCUGGCAAGGGCAGCUUCUGGCGCAUCGACCCGCAGUCGGAGGGCAAGCUCAUCGAGCUGGCCUUCCGCCCGCGCCGUCCGCGCGGCGUGCAGUUCCGCGCUCCCUUCGGCCUCUCCUCCAGGUCUGCGCCGACGUCGCCGUCGCAGGUGGGCGUGUCGGGGCUGGUGACGCCGGAGGAGCUGUCCCGCGAGCCCACGCCGGACCUCUUCCCGCCCGAGGACCACGACCAGCCCAGCGCCAGGGAGACGAGCCAGCAGCGGCUGAGCAGCAACAGCAGCCAGUCCACGCAGUAUCUGUUCCCGCAGCGCAGCAGCGGCGUCAGCCAGAGUGCACCCGGAUCCCCCGGCGCAGGCGUGGCGUACAGCGGCGGCGGCGCGGCGCUGGUGAUGGCGGGACACCAGAUCACCGUCGUCACCAACGGCGCCGGCGGCGAGAGGGAAGAGAAAUAUGUGGUAGGCACGACGGGCGGCAACCUGGUGUCCAUCCAGGAGGAGGAGGUUCCCGGCGUGGUCAUACACCAGCACUCGCCUUACUACGGCGGCGGGUACGGCGGGUCGGGCGAGGAGUGCGGCGCGCUGGGCGGCGAGCUGGUCAUCUCCGACGCCGAGCCCGCGCCGCCGCCGCACAAGCGGCCUCGCCACAACAACAUGUCGGAGCUGGAGGAGCGACGCGCAUAUUGACGCGCCGACCCCGGCGGGCGCGCCGCCGCUCGCCCCGCGCCGCGACGUGCUGCGCCCGCGCCGCACCGCGCCGCGCCGUGCCGCCCGCGCCCGCCUCCGUGCCGCGCCGCGCCGCGCCCGCCCGCCCCGAGCUGCGCCGCGCCGCGCACUGACGCGGCCGCAGCGUCCGCGCCACUGCGUCGGCCCAUGAGCCUACAGACCCUCUGUAGCUUUCAUUUCAAAUAUGUUGUAGAACUCAGUGCAAUAUUGUACGAUUUUGUGUACUCUGUCUUCUGAAGACCCGUGAUUAAUAAUAAAUGACAGUUGCAACUAGAAGUCUCUGUUUGCUUUCACAAUUAAUUAAACAGUCCAGUAACAAAGCUUGGAAGCUUGCUUUGGGCGCGCGGCUCGAGGACGUUGGGACUGAGACGGGACUCGGCCGCCUCCCUCAUCGGUCGACGCACGGAUAUCGUAGCAAUAAUAGUGAUACGGAACAUUGGACGAUUGUUGAACGAGACAGUGUAGUAUUAGUGUCGUGUGUUAAGUUUACUCUUUAAGUUAUAAACUUUUGUUCAGUAAGACGCGAACGAGCUUUAAGGUGAAGGAAUAAGGAGUGAGGUAAGAUGGUAACGUUUCGCCGUUUAUAAAUAUAUAAUUUUUUGACGAUAUAUAAAUAUCUAUAUAUAUACGCUUCAAUCGUGUACCGUGACCACGGUGCAAAAAUUACAUAUUACAAGUAUCCAAGAGAUAUUUGCUAAAGUGGGGUUCUGUAGUGUGUGUAAGCUAUACUUACUUACUACGAAGUAAGUAUAUCAUUAUAUUGUGCAUGUAUGUUUAAGCUAAGUAAGGCAUUUUCCAUUCGCGUGUAUCUGUGUAAAGACAGCAAAGAUAUAUAACCAUGGACAGAAGGGAUCCGGUAAAGAAUCCUGAGGCCACCAAGAGGGCACGCGUCUUCAGUACCGCAAGCCUGUCUAUAGAACCAUCGACCAAGACAAGGCUUUUCUUCACUCAUACUUAUAACUUCGAGAACUUACUUGCCUUACUUAUGAAUGCCUUACUUAGCUUAAACAUACAUGCACAAUAUAAUGAUAUACUUACUGCGGCUUAAACACACUACAGUUCAAACCCAAGUUAAGGAACGGAUGCUGCCGCUAGGUAAAUACGGUUACAUCCCUUACUGUAAGAGCCUUCUAACAAGACUUUGUAAAAAUCAAAAUUAAUAUCUGAUAGUAAAUUAUUAAAACGUAACUUUGUCAGUAUAAGAGGCGCUUGAGCUGCUCGAAAAUAUCGGAAUUGGUUGUAUAAUUUUCGAGGUCAAUGUCCAUAUACGACAAACGCUUAGGCUUCACUUCGCUCGACUGUACUCGAGUACAGAUCGAUUGAGCCAACUCGUCGUGUGUAACGAUUUCUCAAUCUGAGUUCUCUUCGCUACGCGCGCAGUACUGGUUUGCCAGCUUCGAAAAUAUUCAAAAGUAUUGCCAUGCUUAAAUAUGUAUUGUAAAAAAAGUGUGUGUAUAAAAACUAGGAUCUAUAGAAAUUAAUAUUCUUAAAUUAAAUAUUAUAAUGAAAAAUGUACACUGACUAUAUUAACUUUAAAAACACCAAAAAUGCAAGGUUAUCGUUGUAAAGCCUAGAAUCUCGAGAUUAAACCGAAUAUCUAUGAAGCUGGCAUUAAUAUCUUAGUGAGUGCAAUGAUAGUGGUUAAAGUUGAUACUGUAUACAAAUGUAUGUAUAAUAUUUUGUGUAUAAAGCUCUGAAGUUUCUAUUCACAUGUUGAUGUCAGUUGGGAAUUCUUCCAAAUGGACAAAUUGUCUUUAUAAGUUUCAGUAAUGAUAUCUAUAGAUUUUACACAAGCAAUUUUCACAAAUUCACUGUAAUAUGCAAUAGCCCAGACUUGAUAUAUCUGAGUAUCUCGCGAGGUUAACUCGUAGAAAUUAAAUAAAAUAGCAACAAUGUAGGUACAUUUAAGACACUGUAUUGAUACUAUGGAACGAAAAGCUCUUUAAUAAGCUACCACAAAGUAUGGAUAGCAAAUGGAAUGCAACUUACGGUAACGAAAAUAGAAUUUGUUGUCUUUUGAUUGAAAACUUACCUUAUUUUUCUCAUUCCAAAUAAAUUCAAAUGUUUUUUUAAGUAUAAAAGUUUUUUGAAGGUAAAUACUUUAGAAAGGAAGAUAAUUCUGACUUUAUAACACUUCAUUUGCUAUUAGCGUGGCGGCCAUGCAUAGAAGCUAUCAAACAUUUGUAUCAAUACACACGAACAUUCAAAUAAGUCAUACCAACCUACAAAUAUAUCUUCCCCAAAGAGUGGGCAGGGUUUGAAGUAAAAGUAAUAAAAUAUAAUUACUUCAAGCACUGUUAUGUCUUGAAAGGAAAUAGUGCAAUUAUAACAAUAUUAGUUGUUAUAUAAAGUCAUAGCGAAUUUAAAUAAUGGUGCAACGACCGUCAAAUAUUAGUUAAAAUCAAUUGUAUUUAAAUAAAUUUUGCAUAGGAAAAUUAUACACAAAUGUUUAGAAGAUUUAAACCUUCGAUUUGAAAAAAAAAAAUGGAUUUCAUACUAUUUUAUAUGUAUAUAGUUAUAUCCAUUGAUAACAUCCAUUCAUAAACUUGUUUAGACAAAAUUGAAUGUUGGUUAAAAAACUAACUAGAAACUAACUCGAAUAUAAAAUUUUGUACAAGACUGGUUCGUUGCACCUCUAUAAAAUAUUGAAAAAAAAAACUAGGACAAAUUUCUUUGAUUGAACUUACAAUAUUUAUAUACAUGUACAAAAUAUAUAAUGCAUAUUAUACAAAGGAACUGUUGACUAUAUCGCUUAAUCAUUUAUCUACACUUGGAAAUAUAUAAUUCUAUAGUAAACAUAUACAUACUUCGUGUUAUAGGUGUUUUUUCAAACAUAUUUAAAGAUAAAGACAUUUUCUUUAAGCCGGCAAGAGUACCUACUAUAUACUUGUGAUUUAGCUUAGAUUGAACAAGUUUCUUUUGUUUCUCUUAAAGAACAUAAUUUCUCCCUCGGUUUAGGUGUAUAAACAUAAUUAUUAUAAAUAAAUAAUAAUAUAGUAAUUGAAUAUGUAAAGUAAUAUUCACUAGUAGUUUGUAAUAUGUUAUUAUUAUAUUAUAUGGAUAGUGUAAAAACAGCAAAAAUCUACAGUUAGAUAUAAUUUAGCAUUUAAAUAUGCGUAUACAUGUGGAUUGUAAUAGUUUAGCAAGAGGCUUUCUUAUGGAACAAAUUUGUAUUGUGUCUUACGUGCCCUUUUAUUAUUAUUUAAAUAUAUAUCGAAAUUCGAUAAUACUGACCGGAUUCUCGAUCGACAAACUGCGAAUUUUAACUCAAACUAAUUUUUUACAUGAUCGACUCUGAAAUUAGUAGAUCAAUUUGCCGAUGUGAUUUCAAUGUGAAAUCAAACUUCGAAUAUUUUUGACAUAGUAGUAAAAACGACGCGCCAUUUACGUUCGGUAGAUGGCGUUAAACAUUUGUUUUAUUUCGAGUAAAGGUUUUUCUUAAAAGUUUUUGUUUUGCCAUCCGCCUACAGAGGGCGGUGAGCGUCGUUGAGUGAUAGGGGUUACUGUAAAAACAUGUAUAGAAACUUGGUUUUAAUGAUAUUAUUUUUAGAUAUUUACCUAUUUGGAUGGAUGGCUAUUGCAGACAAGUACCUACUUUUAAUUAUAUAUAAAUGUUUCUCAAAUAUUGAAAUUAAAUUACAAUUUCAAUCACCUGAUUCUCUAUCCAAAUGUGUGAAAUGUCUAGAAGGAAAGAUUUUUUCACUUGAGGCUUAGCAUUGCAAGUGUAGCGCAGUUACAAACUGCGUGAACCGGCGGAAUAUUGGUUCACGAACGCAUGUAGUGAAUAUGAUACCAGUUUUGUGUAAUUUUGCUUUAAAAAGAUCACUGCGAUCAAAAGGAAUUUGAGAAUUAACGAGUAGUAAUAGCUACCAUUAGUUGAUGGGUACAUAUUUAGCCUCAAUUCACUUGAAGUGUUGGUAUAAUGAAAUAGACGAAGUAAUACCAAUGCGGUUUCGUCACAGCUACAAUUAAUUCUUAGUACACUAUAGACGAGGAUAUCGGCUCUUCAGAGUGAGUUGACGCAACUACGCUAAGCCUCGAGUCCUAGCAUAUAUAAUACAGAAUAAGUCCUGGCGACUUUAGAUAUAACUUUAGAAUAUGUAAGGCAUAUAUAUAAGGCAUUUAAUGCUAUACUAUUUCUUGUCUAAACGAUGUAUGCGCGAAAUAUAAAUGUUGAAAAGGCUCAUUUGCUGGAAAUAGAUAGAUAUUCCUCUCAUUUUUGUAAAUCGGUUUCGACCUAUAUUCCAUUAUUUAAAUAUUCGUAUAUAUUCAUAAAUAAUUACUGUUUUAACUUGCGACAUCACUGUUUUUUUAAACUUAACGGAUUUUAUUUGAAAGUGUGUGUUUUCAACAUGAAUGUUUUGUGAAUGUAUGUAGCGAACGUACAUAUUGUUGUGUAUAUUGACUAAGAUAGAACACCCAUACGAGAGAUGUAAAGGAUAUCGGUUGUAACGACAGCAUAUGGUUUAUUGACAAAUUUUAAGAAAUAAACGUAUUUUAUCUCCUUA